CAGACAGCAGCAUGAUGCUCAGCAGCGCCUCGGUGGAGGUGGCGGCCCCGGGCCCCGGCGGGAUAAGCCACCUGAACGGGCUGAGUGCCUCGGCCCGCAACGUGGUGCGCUCCUCCAGCAUCUCAGGGGCCAUGUACAGCCUGGAGAAGAGCCCCGGAGGCGGGAGCAGCGGAGGGGGAGGGGGAGGCGGCGGGCCCGGCGGCGUCGCCAACGGCAACGGGGACUCGGCGUCGCUGGCCGGCAACAAGAAGCGGAGGUCCAGCCUGGGCGCCAAGAUGGUGGCCAUCGUGGGGCUGUCGCAGUGGAGCAAGAGCACGCAGCAGCUGCACCAGCAAGACGGCGGGACCAAGAAGCUGCGGAGCACCAUCCGCCGCAGCACCGAGACGGGCAUCGCCGUGGAGAUGAGGAACCGCGUGACGCGGCAGGGCAGCAAGGAGUCGACGGACGGCAGCACCAACUCCAACAGCUCCGACGGAACUUUUGUCUUCCCCACCACGCGCUUGGGACCUGAGAGCCAAUUCAGUGACUUCCUGGAUGGACUCGGCCCCGCCCAGAUUGUCGGACGACAGACCCUAGCCACGCCCUCUAUGGGGGAUGUCAACGUUGGUAUGGUGGACAGAGGAGGACAGCUGGAAGUGGAGGUCAACCAGGCUAGAGGGUUGACCCGUAAACCAGGUUCCAAAAACUCACCAGCAACGUACGUGAAGGUGUACGUGCUGGAGAACGGCGUGUGCUUGGCCAAGAAGAAGACCAAAGCAGUGAAGAGGUCUCUGGAACCCACCUACCAGCAGGCCCUUCUGUUUGACGAGAGUCCUCAGGGCAAAGUCCUCCAGGUCAUAGUAUGGGGCGACUAUGGCCGCAUGGACCACAAGUGCUUCAUGGGCAUGGCCCAGAUUCUGCUGGACGACUUGGACCUGUCCGCCACAGUCAGUGGCUGGUUCAAGCUGUUCCCUACCUCCUCUCUCGCAGACCCCAGCAUCGGGCCCCUCACCAGACGCCUCUCCCAGUCCUCCCUGGAGAGUGCGACCAGCCCCUCCUGCUCCUAAACACAGGCGCACCCCCCCCCCCACCCCGCUCACACACACACACACA